CACACAGACUGACUGUUCAGCAUGCGUGCGUGUGUGCGCACAAGAGAAGCAUGCUGCAUUUGUGAGCUUGUGUGUGUGCUUGAGGGAGAGACAGGGCUGUUUUAUUUGUAGGCACGUAUCAGAGAGAGAGAGAGUCGUCUAUGUAGAAUGAAGCAGAGGGAAAGAAGUCAAACUGGCUCCAUGAAAUCUAUGUGACUCAUACAGUGUUCUCUGCCUGUAUCCACAAGAAAGGGAGGGAAAGCAAGGGAGGAGGAAAGGAAGAGAGAGAGCGAGAGAGAGAGAGACAGACAGACAGAACUACGGAGAAUGAGAGGUUACAUGCUUUUGCGUACACAACUGAUUUGUCAUCGGUGCGCAUGAGUGCCACCCAGGGGGUGAAAGCCACUAACAACUGCACACCGACUGGCUGCUUCCUCUUUCAGUGUGUCUCAGCAUUGAUCCUUAUCAGGACAAUCACGAUUAACCACGGUCUCAGGAAACAGACGAAAACUAUCAGGCCCAUGCAAAGCUCCCAUAUUCACUGCCCUGAAAAUGAAACUGUGAAUACACACACUGAGUGCUGAGAGAACUGCUUAAAUUGGAGCUCACUACAGUGUCCACACACACAUGCACACAGAGACUUCCCUGUUCCGUUUUCACUGAAAGCACAGAUUGAAAGACAGCGUUUUUCUUUAGUUGCCAUGAACUCCAGACUGUACGUGAAGAUUCUCUCUGUAAUAUAAUGGAAAUAUAACUACUUUUAGCAAAGAACCAAAACAACAGCACCACAUUGGAAUAGUAAUUAAACCGUUUCAUUGUGGAGACAACAAAAACCUUUGUGUGAUCACUGUGAACCAGACACUUCGGGCCUGACCAAGUCAAAGGGAGAGCUACAUGAGCAAGGGAGACCAUGAUAUCACAUGGAAAACUGAGAAAGGAAAGGGGGAGUCUGGUGGAGUAUGAGACACAAAUCAAAGAGGUACGUGGUCAGCUCUCGGAGCAGCUGAAAAUCUUGGAUGCGCAGCUAGAGGUGAAAACACAGCAGCUGCAGGAUCUAAGCGAGUACUUACGCAGACGGGGUGAGAUUGAGGCAGAGUACGCCCGCUCUCUGGAGAAACUCAGCGAGAAAUUCACCGUCAAGACCAAAAGAAAGGAGCAAAUAGACCUGUCGGUGGCUCAGUGCUGGACGGUUCUGCUGACCCAAACCAGACAGGAGAGCCGAGAUCACAGCUCAAUGAGUGAGCUCUGCAGCAACACCCUCACACAGCGUCUCUCACACUGCAUAGAGGACACACACCGCCUGUCAAAGAGGGGCAAGGAGGUGGGUCUCCAAAUGCAGGACGAGCUCUUGAAAAUCACCACAGAGCUGCAAACGGCUUUGAAAACAUAUCAUCAGUACCACAUGGACUGUCUGGCUGCUGAAGGCAAGCUCAAAGAGGCCACACGACUGGAGGAGAAACAGACAGGGAAAUCAGCUGAUUUUGGACUCAGCCAGUCAGGAGGGCAGAGGCGCAGUUCGGCGAAAAAAAUGGAGAGACUGAUGGAGAAGAGACAUGGGAAAGUACAGGAAACUCAGCUGAAGUGCACUAAAGCUCGUAACGACUACUUGCUCAACUUAGCAGCAGCUAAUGCCUCCAUGAACAAGUACUAUCUGCAGGACAUUUGCACUCUGAUUGAUUGCACAGAUCUGGGGUACCACCUGUCUGUGUCUCGGGUUAUACGCGGGUACCUCUCCAACCGAAACCGGAUCAUCCAGAACAUGAAAAAUGGCCUCCAGCAGCUUGACACAGCAGUGACUGGACUCAGUCAGGGUCAGGAUAGAGAUGCCCUGCUCCAGGCCCACAACACUGCAUUCUGCCUGCCCUUUCGCUUUCAGUACCAUCCGCAUGAAGGAGACCAGGUCUGUGAGGUGAGCGCAGAAGGCCAGGUGAGGUAUGAGCUUGAGACCAGAUUCCAGCAGCUUCAGUCCAGACUGGCCUCUGUUACCCUGGAAACAGAGGAGGUCAGUAAGACACUCAAGACAACGCACACUAACCUUCUGGAGAGCAUCUGUGAUGAUGAUUGCAACCCCACCCCUGACACCACUACCACCCCUUUGGUGGACAACACAGGUGACGGUGCAGGGAGCAAACCAACCCUGGCAAAACGCAGAGCCAAUCAACAGGACACAGAGACCUUCUACUUUACAAAAGUGAAAGAGCACAUAGGUGGCAGCUCUCUGAUCUCGAAACUCCAGGCCAAACAUGACCUACUUAAAGAGGCCAUACAAAAAGCUGAGUCCAUUGACAGUGAUCCCUCCAGAAUGCAGCCUGGUAGGGCAGUGCGUGUGCGGAAAGCCAGGCCCUGCUCCCAGUACAACCACAAACUCUUCUCUGGAGACAUGCUCUCCUUCAUCCAGAGCUCUGGACAACAGAUCCCCCUAGUGGUGGAGAGCUGCAUUCGCUUCAUAAAUCUGCACGGUCUGCAUCAUGAAGGAAUUUUCAGAGUGCCUGGGUCACAGACUGAGGUCAAUCAUAUCAGGAAUGCCUUUGAAAGAGGAGAAGACCCGCUGACUGACAGUGAGAGUGACAUUGAUUCAGUGGCAGGGGUUUUGAAGCUUUAUUUCAGAGGUCUAGAGAAACCUCUGUUCCCUGAGGAGAGCUUCAGCCAGCUCAUGGAGUGUGUCCAGAUUGAGAAUAUGACCGAGAGAAUAGCGCAGAUAAAGUCAUUGGCCUCAUUCUUCCCUAGACCCGUUGUCAUAGUGAUGCGCUAUCUGUUCGCCUUCCUUCAUCAUGUCUCUCAAUAUAGUGAUGAGAACAUGAUGCAGCCGUAUAAUCUGGCUGUGUGCUUCGGCCCCAGUCUGCUCAGAGGGGUGGAGAUGGGUGGUGACGAAGUGACCCUGGCACCUCAGAUCAAUGACCUUGUCAAGACCAUGAUCCUUCAUCAUGAGAACAUUUUCCCUGGGCCUUCGGAACUCCCAGGCCCCAUUUAUGAGAAAUGCAUGACUCUCGAGCAAGAAUACUGUGAACCCAUCACAGAAGAGGGUGAGGGCGACACUGAACAUCUUCCCAAUGAAGAUGAGUGGGAGGCAGUGGCUAUGUUUGAUUAUGUUGCACGCUCUGCAGCCGAGCUGUCAUUCAAGCAGGGCGACAACCUCCUACUCCACAGCAAGGUCUCUGCUGAUUGGUGGAGAGGGGAAGUAGGCGGAGUGAAAGGCCUGAUCCCACAUAAGUACAUCAGUGUGAUCGAGGGGGUGGAGCGUAAGGUCAGAGGGAAGGAGGACAGCAGAGGGGGCAGCACAGGAAAUCUAACAGAAGAACAGCAGAGCGAACACAGCACCCGUAUGAGGGUGAACAGUGACAGCGCAUCUCUGCCCGGCCGGCAGAGGACAAGCAGUGGAGGCAGUGGAGGUGGGAGUGGAAGCCCCAUACAGAAGCUCACUCUGCAGGUGCCCGAGGGACGACUCAUGCUUCCUCCACAGUCAUCUGCAGUUGCACGCCAGCUAUCAGGUCAUCAAGAGCGCAGACACACUUUAGACAGUCUGAGGCCAAUAGGAGGAGCAGCAGACAGACAGACAGUACAUAUUGAUAAGGAGGUCAGUCGGCAGAUGAACUCUGUCUUUAAGGAGCUGUUGUCUCGUAAUUCUCCUCAAGAAGUCUUGGGUUCGAGCCCUCCUCCCUUCUCCUCCCCCACAGCCAUUCCUUCAGUAUCUUCCACUGCUGCUCGGCCUCCGGUGAAGAAGGGAGGUUUCGGCCUGCUUGGGAGAGGACUCUUCAAACCCCAAGACCAACAGGACUGAGGGAGAGUGGAGGAUGAUCUCUGAGUGAAUACGAGUAUGAGUGUUGGGGAAAUGCCAAACUCAUUACAGAUAUGAAUAUAUUUUUCCAGACAUACAAUAUGUGGUACUCUUUAUGCCUUAUUAACUUAAGUGUAUUAAAGGAUUCAGUUAAAUCAUAACCAGUCAUGCGUCCCGUGAUUGUUUAUGGUUGAUUUUUUUUGUAAGGCCAAUUUAUUGAUCCUGUUAUUAGUUGUAUUUGUGUUUUAGCUCUGUCAUUGUCUAAAGACAACAGUUAAUCUGAUCCUCAGUCAAGAGUUUCCGACUUCAUCUAAUUAUCAAUUGCAGUGAUGUCCAGUGUCUGUAGUUUGUUACUGUAGUGUUAUGCAGUGUUGCUAUGGAGAUACAUACAGUAUAUAUCUGCUGAUGAUGUAUUCAUGGAGUACCAGAUGGCAGACCAAAGUGUUUAGAAAGUCCCUCAAACUAUGUAGACACUGAAUGGCAAGUGUGAUGUGGGAAUGAUGUCUAUUAUAGACAGAGUCCACAUUGUUUAUUUUAGAAAUCGAUAUGUCACACAGAAUGUAAAAGAUGACAUUUAUGAAUCCAAGUGUCCCAUUCAGUUGUUGUAGUUGUACUAUUUAUUAGACCUCAGGUAGAUUCCAUAUUUAAUUUGACAUAAAUGAAAACCAGGCUGAGAGGGACAGAAGUACUAUGUAUACAAUGUGUCAUACUGUUGUUGUUCUUUACUUUACCCAAGUACACGUAUGCAAAUGCAAGCACUCGUCCAAAGCAUUGCCAUCACGUGGCCCAGUUGAACAUGCAUAACGUGCGUUCUUGCGCUACUGUGGCGGUAAGAAACCUUAGUACUCAAGGGGAAGUUAGUUACAUUCAAAUGUCUGUGCCAUUAAACUGGAUGUGUUAUUAUUCUUGUGUUAUAAAUUGCUAUCAGUGUUGGGUGUAAUCUGAUUACUUUUUCAGAAAAUAGUGUAAUAUUAUAUUUAAAAAUCUUGUAAUUAGAUUACAGUUACUGAAUUUUAAUUUAAUUAUUUUUUAAGUUCUUUUUGUUUUGUUUUUUUUUAAUUUCUGUUAAAUUAAACCCUGAUAAGGUCUAUUACAGGAGAGAUUUUUCUUUAAAGCUUUAUUUUUUUAUUAGGUUUGAAGUUGAAGCUGAUUUUCGCAUUUCUUUUCUACACGUGCAUAGCUCAAGAACUGAAUCUGUAUACUUAGACAAAGUAUAUUGUACUGAAUGUACAACAUGAUAACUAUUAAAAUUCUCCAGUAUUUUUAUCAGUAGGGUUAUUUAGUAUUACAAACCAAUGGAAAUAACUUUGCUGAGAUUUGUUUUCUAUUUAAUAUUAAUUAAAAAUUAAUUUGACCUUUUUGUUUGAUUUGUUUUUACAAUUGCUAUUCUUUAAAAACAUUCUAUUAAAAAGGAGCCACCACAAAUGCAUGCAAACACACUGGCAUGGAUGGUCUUGCGUGGGAACUGGUAGACCGGCCAAAAUAAGCACAGUUUUGUAGCCUCCUUUACCCCACUGGCUCUAUUUUCUCUUUGCCACAUAUGAAAACUUGCAAGACAACUGUGAAGACAAGUGCCACCAGACACUCUGAGCAGCUCAGGAAGUGUCAAACUUGGGAGAAAGACAGAGAAACAAGAACUAACUGGAGAAAUGAUAAAACUGUGAACAAGCAUGUGCAGUCACAGGAAGUACAAUGGCACUCACUUCCUUUUCACUGCACUAGAGCACAUAAAUACAACCCUGGUCACUUAUCUCCCUCGACUUCCACCCAAUCACUGAAAAAUGCCCACUUAGUAGUGCGUUUCUGUUAGAUUAUAUCAUCUUUGAUGUAUGGAUUACAAUAUAAUCAAAAUAAAUAAUAUAGAUU